AUGCUGCGGUUUAUGGCACUGCUUCAGGUUGGGUUGGGCGCACCCUCGCUUUUGACGUCGCGGCGUCUCUUUAAGUCGGACGGUACACCGUACAAUAGUGGUAUGACGGACGCCUUGCGUGGCAGUGAGUAUAUUCAUCGAGGCGGCGUUGAGGCAAUUGUGGAGGGUGUCACCGCAGGCCAGUACGCAGAACACAAAGCCCGCGCCAUCAUGUUUGUUAAUAAGCGCCCAGUCGAGAUUAUUCCUCAGGAAGAAAACUUGUUGGAGGUGCUGGAGCGGGAAGGAAUUAGUGUGCCUAAGUUUUGCUAUUAUCCCAUUCUUUCUGUGGCAGGCAAUUGCCGAAUGUGUUUAGUGCAGGUCGAUGGAACACAAAACCUUAUUGUCUCUUGCACCACAGUGGCGCUUCCAGGCAUGUCCAUUAUUACUGAUAGUCGAUUGGUGCGAGACGCCCGAGAGGGUAACGUGGAGCUUAUUCUCAUCAACCACCCGAAUGACUGCCCCAUCUGUGAGCAAGCCACAAACUGUGAUCUGCAGAACAUCAGCAUGAACUAUGGCACUGACAUUCCUCAAUACAGGGAGGAUAAGCAGGCUGUUCAAGAUUUCUAUUUUGACCCUCAAACUCGAGUGGUGAUUAAUCGCUGUAUUCAUCGCACGCGAUGUGUACAGUUUCGUAACGAACACGCGCAGGAUUUUAACCUUGGAAUGAUCGGUCGUGGCGAUCUCAGUGAAAUCAGCACCUUUUUGGAUGAAUUGGAAGUGAAAACCGACAAUAACAUGCCAGUCUCGCAACUGUGUCCUGUGGGAAAACUGUAUUUAGGCGACGCUGAUGAAGAUAAUGCCGUUGCUAACGAGCUGGGUGUGAGUGAACGAGCGCACUCCAUUGCGACAGCCUAG